AUGGAUAAUAGCAUUCAAAAUAUUGCAUUGCUGUUUUCAUUAUACUUACGACCAACAUUGCUCAAUCAAAUUGCUCGUAUAUUUGCUGCAACAUCAUCAAAAACACCACUUCUUCUAGAAGGACCACCUGGCAUCGGAAAAACUCAUGUUGUUACACAAGUAUGUAAACUAUUGAGUAAAGAUUGUGAACGAAUCAAUAUGUCUGCAGAUACAUCACUUGAUCAACUUAUCGGUUGUAUUAUACCUCGUUGUAUUGAUGGUCGACGUGUAUUCGAAUGGCAAGAUGGUAAGGUCGUAGAUGCGUUGAGAAAUCAUCGUUGGAUUUUAUUCAACGAAUUGAAUCUUGCAUCACCAGAAGUAUUAGAAGGUUUAAUACCACUAUUUUAUCGUGGAUCAAAAGAAUUUAUUGUCCCAUCAAUAAAUGAACAUGUUGAUACAUCUUCAGCACUCAUAUUUGCAACAAUGAAUCCCGCGACCAUAGGCAGAGGACGAAGUAAAUUACCACGAUCGAUUAGUAAUCUAUUUACAAUUGUUCAACUUGAAGAUUACAAAGAAGAUGAACUUCGUAUUAUUCUCAGUGAUUUAUUUCGAUUCGAUAUAAACAAAUUGACAGUCAAUAAUGAACAAUUGUAG